AUGUUGUCUCUGACCCUGGAAGCCGACCUAGAGGGCGUUACGGCCCUUCAGCCCACUGAUACAGAGGAGAACCCUUACUAUUACACUUUCCGUGUCUCUUGCACUUCUUGCCAUGAGACGCAUCCUAACUGGGUUUCGUUCAAUCGUUUUGAGACUCACGAGAUCCCUGGUAGUCGCGGUGAGGCUAACUUCGUGUGGAAGUGUCGUCUUUGCACCAAAACCCAUUCUGCAUCCAUCCUCAACGCACCCAAGGCCUAUGAAGCCCAGGAGAAGCGCCACUCCCAGAAGAUCAUUGAGAUGGACUGCCGUGGCCUUGAGUUCAUUGAAUUCAAGCCUGACGGUGAUUGGGAAGCCAAGGCUGCCGAGUCUACCGCUACCUUCUCGGGAAUUGACCUUCUCGAGGGCGAGUGGUAUGACUAUGACGAGAAGAAGGGUGAGGAGGUUAGCAUCAAGGAGCUGACCUGGAAGGUUAGCCGUUAA